AUGUCCUUCUCUUCCUUGCUCCAUCUAUGGAGCUCUCUUCGUGGAUUCCUGUCCAUCGUCUACCCUUCGUCUGGCUUACCCGUCUCAGAACGGUGCCCUCAAGCGCCACGUCCGCUUUCGCAAGACCUUAUGCUCGCCCUCCUCUCUCCUCUGCACUUCCUCUGUUCUUCCUCUAUAUGUGGGCAAGACGCCUCAUUGACAGGCCCCGAGGGCGACGUCCUUGACUACAACGCGCUUCCCGAUUCCCACCCACCCACAUCUCCUGGGCCUUCUUGCUCUACAACGUCACGUCGACAUGCACGUCUUCCACCUCUGGGCCCUGGCAUGCGCAUACGUCACCCGAUACCCAUCGUCGACUGGACUCCCUCCAGCUGUCCAUAG